CUACUUAUACUUUUUAUUUAUUCUCCGCCUCAUUCUAUCGAGACAGCAGCAGUGGACAGAGAGGUAAAAGUACAUUGAAGUGCAUUCAGCUCACGAUUCUCGAACUUUGAGAUAAACCUACAGCGUGUUGUCUAGGAGUAUAUCCAGUGCAGAAAUUCUCUUUAAAUUGUGGAGCAUCAAAGUCACAAUGAUAAUUCACGUUUUUUGGCAAUUUGUUUUUACUAUUAUGAUAAUACACGCUGCAAUUUUUGACGACAUGACCACUAAUGAGGCCGUCGAGACUAUUUUUUUACGUGUUUAUAACGGUACCACUAUAGAAGAAUACGAUGAUUAUCCAUUAGAGAAUGCCAGUGCAAUUACAUCUAGAAUAACUGACAAUAAACCGACGGUGUUAUAUAUUCACGGCCUCAACGAGAAUUUAGAAGAAAACAGUGUGCAAACAGUGGUAAAAGCUUACUUAAAAAGAAAUGAUCACAAUAUUAUUGGAGUGGAUUAUCGUAAUUUAGCGAAGGACUUAUAUCCAAUAGCAGUAGAACAUGUCUCUCGUGUUGGAGAUGCUGUCACAACAGCUCUCAAUAAAAUGGUCGAAUCCGGUUUUGAUACGAAAAAAUUGCAUAUCGUUGGACAUUCCCUGGGCGCCCAAGUCUCCAGCUAUAUUGGCAAAAAAGUCAACUUUCAAAUUCCUAGAAUCACGGGUCUGGAUCCUGCCGGCCCCCUUUUCAAUAUUGUCCAUGAUAGCCUUUCGUCCUCUGAUGCUGCUUUCGUCGAUAUCAUACACACAGAUUUUGGAUUUUAUGGUGUUGCUAAAACCACAGGCACAAUAGAUUUUUUUCCAAAUGGUGGCAGUCGUAUACAACCCGGUUGUCCGAGUGUUUUUCUACCGUCUACUGCAGAUGAUUUUUGUAGCCAUUAUCGUUCCUGGGAAUACUAUGCUGAGUCUGUGCCCAACGAAUCUGCUUUCUUAGGCGUGGAAUGUUCCUCAUCACUCAAUUUUCAAUUAGGCGAAUGCAGUAAUAACAGUAGAAUUAUCAUGGGAUAUGCCACUCCGAGAAGCGCGCAAGGGACAGUCUAUCUUGUAACGGACAAACAAAGUCCUUUUGGAUUAAAAGAGGCAGGACUCUUACCAAAUUAAUUAUGCUACAUUAAGAAUUACAAUCUAAAAAGGAUAUCUUAAAA